GCUACUAGCUCCUCUUCCCCACUCUCUCCCCUCCACAAUCUCCGCCGUAGCCGUUUCUUUUACUCCACCGUAACCGCCAUGGUGUCCCACCCCAAGGACGAUGAGUAUCUGAAUGCUGCCAUUCCGAAGCGUAUCAAGAUGUUCGAGUCCAUCCAGGCCGAGCAGAAAACCCAGCGCCUCUCACUGUCGCCGGAUCCAAUCAAGGUCACACUUCCCGACGGGACGGUCAAGGACGCCGCAAAGUGGCAAACUACGCCGUUCGAUGUGGCGAAAGAGAUUUCCAAGAACCUCGCCAACAACGCACUCAUCGCGAGGGUCAAUGGCGUGCUAUGGGACAUGGCCAGGCCUCUCGAGCAGGAUUGCGAGCUCAGGAUCUACAAGUUCGAAGACGACGAAGGCCGCGACACUUUCUGGCACUCUAGUGCUCACAUUCUUGGCCAGUCGCUUGAGAUGGAGUACGGAUGCAAGCUCUGCAUUGGGCCUUGUACUACAAGAGGAGAGGAUUUCUAUUAUGAUGCGUUUUAUGGUGACUUAGGAUUAAAUGAUGAUCAUUUCAAGCAAAUUGACGCUGGGGCGUUGAAGGCAGCUGCGAAGAAACAACCUUUUGAGCGCAUUGAAGUAACACGUGAUCAAGCACUUGAGAUGUUUUCAGAUAAUAAGUUCAAGGUUGAAAUUAUCAAUGAUUUGGAUGCUGAUAAAACUAUCACAGUAUACAGAUGUGGUCCACUAGUAGAUCUGUGUGGUGGACCACAUAUACCCAAUACUUCCUUUGUUAAGGCAAUUGCCUGUUUGAAGGCUUCUUCAGCAUAUUGGAGGGGGAACAAAGAUCGGGCUACUUUACAAAGAGUUUAUGGCAUAUCUUAUCCUGAUCAGAAGAGUUUAAAGGAAUAUUUGCUUAGGCUGGAGGAGGCUAAAAAGUAUGAUCACAGGAUUUUGGGAGCGAAACAGAAGCUUUUUUCUCGUCAUGAAUUGAGCCCAGGAAGCUGGUUUUUCCUUCCACAUGGUGCACGGGUAUACAACAAAUUGAUAGAUUUCAUACGGAGUCAAUACAGAGUCAGGGGAUAUCAAGAGGUCAUAUCUCCAAAUUUAUUUAACAUGGAUCUCUGGGUGCAAUCUGGUCAUGCUGCAAAUUAUAAAAAGAACAUGUUUAUCUUGGAGAUUGAAAAGCACGAAUUUGGGCUGAAACCAAUGAAUUGCCCAGGGCACUGCUUGUUCUUCAGGCAAUUUCUCUCGGACUGGGAACUUCCUCUUCGCAUAGCUGAUUUUGGGGUCUUGCAUAGAAAUGAGGCAAGUGGUGCUUUGAGUGGAUUGACGCGUGUUAGGAGAUUUCAGUAA